AUGCGUUCCGAGGCAAACGUUUUACUGUCCGCCAUGGCAAUUAUGGACAUUUCACUGCUUAUCUGUAAUAUCCCGUAUCUCCUGACCGUAUUCCCAGCCAUGUAUAUCCAUCCGUAUUUUAGAAGAUUUUAUUAUGCGACUCACGUAUAUUUUCAUGCGUCAACAAAUAUAUUUUCUGCAGCAGCAUCAUGGCUUGUGUUGGCUGUUUCGUUGGAAAGGUACAUUGGAAUCCGAUCGCCAAUGCACACGCGGCUGCAAUGGAAUAAUUCGCGUGUAUUUCUCACGAUAUGUCUCAUCUUCAUGGGUGCUUGUAUGGUGUCAUUCUUCCAUUUCUUCGAGCACACGUAUGAUUAUGCGCAACGGGACCGUCCAACCACUGGCAUGGCCGCGCAGUGUUUCCGUGUGUUUGAAUAUGCUCGAUUGAAGAUCACUCCAGAACAUCGAAUAUUUGAUUCGGGGCCAUUCUAUAAUAUCACCAAUCGAGAUGUCAUUGGCUGGGCGAAGGCUAUUCAAAUAUGUUUCGUCGUCGUUGUACCUCUCGUACUCAUUCCUAUAUUUAAUCUAUCGAUCAUUCACGUUUUGAGGAAUCGCGACAUCCUCGUGAAUCGAACGUAUAUUUCGGCGGCCCCGAAGGCUGGCGAGGAUUUUGUGAGGCACUAUUCGGAGAUCGGAAUACGCCAACGACAAGAGAGGAAGGUCACCGCUACUGUAGUGGCUAUUAUAACUUGCCAUAUUAUUACUCAUUCGCCGUCAGCCCUUCCUUUCCUGUGGGAAUUACUCCCAUCCAAUCCGGAUGGAUCAGAUCAGCCCCAAUUCUGGUAUCUCAACUGGAUGAGGCCACAAAAAGACCUGAGAUUUCUGUUGUCCAAUAUCAUCAAUUCGGUGCUGUUGUGGGGAAAGGUGCUAAACUUUGUCCUCUUCUGCCUGUCUUCCGAACAUUUCCGGAAGCGAAUGUUGAUGAUGUUCCGGAUACAUUGCAAAAGGCCACUUCUCUCCCAUCCGAACGGAUAUCAGGCUGUCGGUGAUAUUUGUAUUGAA